AACAGGCAAGAACGGGAGUCACGGGGCACCGGGGGAAUGAGGAUGAUCACGGACGUGCAGCUCGCCAUCUUCGCCAACAUGCUGGGCGUCUCGCUCUUCCUCCUCGUCGUCCUCUACCAUUAUGUGGCCGUCAACAACCCCAAGAAGCAGGAGUGAGGGAGCCCCGGUGAAGCCCCGCACCGCGAUGGCCCCG